GCUACCAAAUCAGAAACGAAGAAACGCACGAGUCGGAAAAGAACAGAAGAGCAAAACGGUGUCGUUUUGCUGACGUGGAUGAUUCCUUGCCGCAACCGGCUAAUACCGGUACUCCCCAUUUCCCGAAAACGAAAUUGUUAGAAAAGAAACGAAACUGGGUGAAACGGUCUCCGAUUGGCUACUACGCUUUAUCUCUCUUCAACUAUUUCUCACUACUUUCUCUCUCUAAGUUGCUCCUCCGCGUUAUAAAUACGAGCUUUCGAGCUCACGUUAAAUUUUUUCCCCUCUCUGUUUCUCUUCACUCUCUUCUUCUAGCUCUCCGGCAACCAUUUCCCGGCGAACUCGCCGGACAAUCACCGUUAUUGCCACCGGAAAAUCUCGCUCCACAGCCGCCACACCUCGCUCCUCCCUCAGAUAAUUUCUAUUUCUGUAUAAUAUCAUUUGGCUAUUGUUGGGGAAGUAGAGAAAAUGGACGGGCAUAUUGGACUAAAGAAAAUUGGCUCUCAUGCCUCCAUCUCUGAGAUAGAUGAUUUUGAUCUCUCACGUCUCCUUGACAAGCCAAGGUUGAAUAUUGAAAGGCAGAGAUCAUUCGAUGAGAGGUCGCUUAGUGAGCUGUCUAUCGGUUUGGCGAGAGGGGGCAUGGAUAACUAUGACACUUACUCGCCUGGGGUAAGAUCUGGUUUUGACACGCCAGCCUCUUCAACACGGAAUUCAUUUGAGCCUCAUCCUAUGGUUGCUGAUGCCUGGGAAUCCCUCCGGAAAUCUCUAGUCCAUUUCAGAGGGCAACCUGUUGGCACAAUUGCAGCUGUUGAUCAUCAAGCGGAGGAGGUUCUGAACUAUGAUCAGGUCUUUGUUCGAGAUUUUGUGCCAAGUGCUUUAGCCUUUCUGAUGAAUGGUGAACCAGAUAUUGUUAAGAACUUUUUGCUGAAGACCUUGCAUCUUCAGGGUUGGGAAAAAAGAGUAGAUCGAUUUAAGCUUGGUGAAGGUGUAAUGCCAGCUAGUUUCAAAGUCCUUCAUGAUCCUGUUAGGAAAACAGAUACUCUUAUUGCAGAUUUUGGUGAAAGUGCAAUUGGUAGAGUUGCUCCUGUUGACUCUGGAUUCUGGUGGAUUAUCUUGCUUCGUGCAUACACAAAGUCUACUGGGGAUUUAUCUCUGGCUGAAUCACCGGAUUGUCAAAAGGGAAUGAAGCUAAUAUUGACUCUAUGCCUGUCUGAGGGUUUUGAUACCUUUCCAACUCUGCUUUGUGCUGAUGGAUGUUGCAUGAUUGAUCGAAGAAUGGGCAUUUAUGGGUAUCCUAUAGAGAUUCAAGCACUUUUCUUCAUGGCACUGCGAUGUGCUUUAUCAAUGCUCAAACAGGACGAUGCAGAAGGAAAAGAAUGUGUAGAACGCAUUGUGAAGCGUUUGCAUGCUUUAAGUUAUCACAUGCGGAGUUACUUUUGGCUUGAUUUCCAACAACUAAAUGAUAUCUAUCGGUAUAAGACUGAGGAAUACUCACAUACUGCCGUCAACAAGUUCAAUGUUAUUCCUGACUCAAUCCCAGAGUGGGUAUUUGACUUUAUGCCAACCCGUGGAGGCUACUUUAUUGGAAAUGUCAGUCCAGCCCGGAUGGAUUUUCGAUGGUUUGCUUUAGGCAAUUGUGUUGCAAUUCUAUCUUCUCUAGCUACUCCAGAGCAAUCAAUGGCUAUCAUGGAUCUUAUUGAAGCUCGUUGGGAUGAGUUGGUUGGGGAAAUGCCCCUAAAAAUAUCUUAUCCUGCAAUAGAGAGCCAUGAGUGGCGAAUUGUUACUGGUUGUGAUCCAAAAAAUACCAGAUGGAGUUACCAUAAUGGAGGGUCUUGGCCAGUGCUCCUGUGGCUAGUAACAGCGGCUUGCAUUAAAACAGGGCGACCUCAAAUAGCAAGACGUGCAAUUGAGCUUGCUGAGAGUCGUUUGCUGAAGGAUGGUUGGCCGGAAUACUAUGAUGGUAAACUCGGGAGAUAUAUUGGGAAACAGGCAAGAAAAUAUCAAACAUGGUCUAUUGCAGGUUAUCUUGUGGCAAAGAUGAUGCUGGAGGACCCAUCACACUUGGGUAUGAUUUCUCUUGAAGAAGACAAGCAGAUGAAGCCAGUGAUUAAAAGAUCAUCUUCUUGGACCUGCUAAAAAGACAAGGCGAUAGAUAAAUAGUACAAAGAAAAAAAAAAGAAUAGACACUUAGAAGGUGAGAGAUAUUAUUCUUUCAAAUAUACAUCACUAUUCUUGGCAAUUUCCUUUCUCGUAGGCUUGAUUAAAAGUUUGGCUUGUGUAAAAUAGUUGUUGAUGAGAUUGGGCAUCAUGCUCUUCCCAAAUAAGAUAAAGACACUCUCAUUUCAUUUGCUAAGUUUUCCAUGCUUCUCUCUCACUUGCGUGGGAUUAUUAGUAAGAGAAGAAAGAUAUGAAACAAUCUUCAUUUGUUUGA